AUGACUGACCCUACUCAAAAUGAUUUACUACCAUUAGACCCGGAAGCUGACGAACGAAUAACAAAAUAUUUGGAGUUUAUUGAUGUUCUACAAUUCACAAAUAACAUCAAUCCUGAAGAGGAAGUUGGGCAACAUAGCCAAUCAACAAAAUCAAAUCUUAAUACGCAUGCACCAGAAACAGAAGAACAUACUCAAAUAGUGAAAGAGAAAGGAAACGAACAAGUAGAAGAAUGCACUCAAACAGUACAAGAACAACGUGACCCUAAUUUUGUACCAGAUGAAAGCACGGCAGAAUCGUCGGAUUCCGAUGCUGUCAUUUUAAAAAGUAGAAAAAGGAAAGGUAUGGCAACGGAAGAGAAGUGGACUGACUUUAAAAACAAAAAAAUAAGACAAGAAGGAAAGGCAUACGUUGGUUGGAGCAGGCCGAAAAAUACGCCAGCAAAGAGAGGAAUAAAAAGAAGAAAGAAAAAUAGGGCCACGCUGUGGUUCAACCUUGUGUAA